AUGGCGGAAACUAUUGAAUCGCUCAAGACGCACUUCACCAAGGAAGGCCUUGUUGCUCGGCUGCAGCAAAUGGGCAUCCUCGACCUCAGUGGCACCAAGGAGGAGCUGGCGGAACGUGUCCUUCAAAAUAUGGCAGAACGGCAGCAAUUCACCCAGGAGAUGAGUGGGAAAGCCUUGCAGUCCCAACCGACCGGCACGCAAUCCAAACCGGAUGUCCCGUUUGCGGACAGUGGCCUCUCAGCGCAGACCGUGCAAGCAUUGCAGCAGCAGGGAUUCCAGUCAAUGGAAGAGUUAUCUUCCUUGUGGGAAUCAGAAGCGGACAUCAAGCAGUAUGUCACCCAUGGCCGGGACCAGUGCAUCCUGCGCAAGAAACUCUUUUCAAAGGUCAUCGUCAUCGACGCAACGCCAGCAGCGCCACCGCAGCAGAAGGAAAGCGUGCUCAAGCGCUUGGGAUACCAGACCGCGGCAAGACGCCUUGACCUUUCGGACGCAGACGGAGAAGAUGAUCCAGAAGAGUCACCUCGCCGCAAGCGACGCAGCAAGCCACGGCCUACCACUUCCGGCCAUAGCGAUUCGGAUAAUCGCUUAAAUGCCGACACACGACGGCAGGACGCAUAUCGCCGGUUUAAUCAACCGGCGCGGGCAUUUCGCAACUCAACCGGAUACGCAGUCACGCAGUCGCCGGGCGGUUACACCCACGCGCCCUUUCGUGUCCAGGCAGUAUGCCUUGACUGGAACCGGAACAGCUGCCAGCGCAAUAACUGCAAAUACGACCAUAAUUGCGGAUACUGCGGUGCAAAACAACACCGCGCUCCAAACUGCCCCGGCAACGGCGCCGGUGGCAGCCGCAUCGGGAACAACAACGGCGGACGCUAA